AUGCCUCCCCGGCCGAUGGGUGCUUUGCGCCCACGGCAUAUCUCAACCGCAGCAUUGCGCUCCCCAACUCGCACCUUGAGCUUUCCUAGAUUAACGCCAUCCCCGUUCUCUCUUCUCGGCAGAAGCUAUGCGACGCAGAUCGAACAUACAGAGGCUUUUCACAAGUCCGAUGCUGGAAAAGAACGCGUCGUGAUUCUGGGCUCGGGUUGGGGUGGAUAUACCCUCUCACGCUGCCUUUCUUCGAAAUCAUUCUCUCCAAUCGUCAUUUCCCCGCGUUCCUACUUCGUUUUCACACCCCUUCUCACCGAUGCCGCGAGCGGUUCUCUUGAUUUCUCCAACAUUGUCGAACCUGUCCGGGACCCACAUUAUAAGGUGGACUUCAUCCAGGCCGCGGCAAGAUCUAUCGAUCUGAAGAAGAAGACUGUGUUAUGCGAGGCGACUGUUGUGAAAAGCGGCGUGACGGAAACACCUCGUAUCCCCGAAGACGAAAAACGAGUCACGGACGGCUCUUCGAAAAAGCCGCUGGACCCGGCUCAAGGAUACCGUUGGUGGGAACAGGGCGAAAUGUUCGAGGUCCCGUAUGAUAAGCUUGUGAUUGCGGUUGGAGCAGUUAGUCGCACAUUCAACACGCCGGGUGUUCGAGAGAAUGCCAUGUUCUUCAAGGACAUUGGUGAUGCGAAGCGGGUGAAGCGACGUGUGCGUGAAUGUUUCGAAUUGGCCGUUUUGCCAACUACAACUUCUGCUAUGCGAAAGUGGCUGCUGCACUUUGCCAUUGUUGGAGCUGGCCCAACUGGUACUGAACUUUCGGCAUCGCUUUACGACUUUAUCUCUAAGGAUAUGAUGCCUUUGUACCCUGCUCUCAAGGGGAUACCUGAAAUUAGCCUCUACGACGUCGCUCCAAAUGUUCUUUCUACAUUUGAUGAAUCGCUAUCCCGAUACGCCAUGGAAACAAUGAAACGUGAAGGUAUCGAUAUCAAAACAUCCCAUCACAUUGAGAGUUUACGAUGGGGUUCACCUGGUGAUCCGCCACCAUAUGAGAUGGAUCCGAAGCGCUGCAUGACUCUCAAGACUAGCGAGGAAGGUGAAGUAGGCGUCGGCAUGUGUGUCUGGGUGACCGGAAAUGAGAUGAACAAGUUUGUCAGUAGCUCUCUCGACAAAGUGGAUGCAUUUCCCACGGAAUCUAUCCGAAAACCCUCAAACCUACCAGCGUCGAAAGGAGAUUCGCCAUGGAGUUACAAGAAGGUCUCAAAAUCCGGUGCUCUGCUCGUUGACGGCCAUCUUCGAGUCCAGUUACAAGAUGCUACGGGUCGCACUGCCACUCUCGAUGACGUAUACGCAUUAGGUGAUAAUGCUGUGCCAGAGACUGUAUCUCCUCCCGCAACGGCACAAGCUACUUCCCAAGAAGCAAAAUGGCUGGCAACGCAUCUGAAUCAAAGGGAUUUAGAAGAAACACCACCCUUCUCGUUCCGUAACCUGGGAACAAUGGCAUAUAUCGGCAGCGAGAAAGCUCUCAUGCAGAUUCCGCACGACGAGAAGACUGGAGAUCGCCAUAAAUAUCUUCCCGAGGGUAUUACGGGGCGAAUGGCGUCACUUAUCUGGAAUGCAGCGUAUAUUACUAUGAGUAUCAGCUGGCGCAACAAGCUGAGAAUCGUUUUCCGGUGGACUUUGAACAGAUUGUUUGGUCGAGACAUAUCGCGAUUCUAA